AUGCACGAGGAAACCCGAACACAAGCUAAAGAGAUGGAGAAGAAAGUAAAUUCAGACGAAACAAUCAAACGAGUCCAAAAUUAUCGACGACAGCGACCUUCGUCUCAGAUUUUCCGUGAACAAAGCUCAUCACCGACCCGUGAAAAAACGACAAAUCCUUGCAACCGUUGUGGAUAUGACCGGGCUCACAAACAAUGUCCAGUAAUAGGAUCUCUUUGCAAUGCAUGUGGCAAACGUAACCACUACGCCAAAGUAUGUCGAUCGAAGCCCGCAGAAAGAUUUUCAAAUGGCAGACGACAACGACAAUUCGAAGGCAAAGACACAAGAAACACACAACAAUCGACAUCGGGAGAAAGAAAUCGGAGAGACAGGAAAAUGUCAGAAACUAAAAAUGUCAAGCAUGUUACCUACAAUAGAGAUCGAAGCCCGACGAGUACCGAAACACAGAAUAGGAAGUUAUACCAGAAGCGUAACUCUAGUCCUUUCCCUUAUUGUUUGACGUCCACGAAAAUUUUAACUCGCUCACGUCAGGCCACGCCAUCCUGGCUAGUACAGCCGGAAGUUUUUAUCAGGAUUUGGUAGGUACAAAGUGCCGGUUGUACUAGCCAGGAUGGCGUGUUGAUGACGAAUCGCUUGUAAAAACGCGGACAAAUAUUUGCUCGAGUUACGCUUCUGGUAUAACUUCCUAUUCUGUGACCGAAAGCAGCACAUCAAGUGACAGCGACUUGGUAAACCACUUAAAGAUACACAGGACAGGUGAUGAAACGACUUUAUCCUGUGUUGUUUACAUAAAUGGUCAUAAAACACUCGUUGAACCAGACACAGGUUCAGACUCUAACAUUAUGGAUGAAAUACAACUUCAAGAGCUGAAAACCAAGUCACCAGAGAUACAACUAUACGAGUCGAAAGUAAAGCUAAAUACGCUGAAAGAGAAGCUGCCAGUUAAAGGCGAAUGCAUUGUGGCCAUUGAAAACGAGACACGCAUAGCACAAGCACCAAUGGUUAUCAUUAAAGGGAAUAUCAACUCCUUACCUUUACUUGGACGAACAACCCUAGAAGAAUUGGGCAUGGUGAAAAUUGAUGAAACAGGACGACUUAGAGAACCGAACAAACCCAGUAGUACUUGCAAUAUUCGGAAACUACAAGAAACACAGUCCAGUGUUGACGAGCUACUCAAACCAUAUCAAGAUCUAUUUCAUGGAAUUGGCAGAGCGACCCGCAAUGGAGAGGAGAUUCAGCUACAUUUACCAAUGGAUGAAGAGGCUGAACCAGUUGCACAAAAACCAGGACGAAUUGCAUAUCACCUAAUGGAACCUCUCCAGAAACGACUCCAAGGAUUUGUGGAACAAGACAUCAUGGAGAAAGUUCCUGAUCAAGAACCUAGUAACAUGGUGUUCUCCUAUGGUUGUACAACCUAA